UUCGUUUCUUUCCUCGGGUACGUACUGCUCUGGCAGAUGAACGCUAACGCAACAAUCCUCUUCCGUGAUGAUGCUGGUGCUCAUAUGACUACAGCACAGCAAUGCGAGUAGUGUGUGCACCAACUUUAAUUCUCAUUAGCGUAACAAUAUGUUGUUCCUUGACAGAAAAGCUGUCAAAUGGUUCAUCAACAAACAUUAUCAUCAUGCUCAUGGAUGAUAUGGGCUGGGGGGACUUAGGGGUGCUUGGUCAGCCCUCCAAAGAGACCCCCAAUCUUGAUGCCAUGGCAGCUCAGGGGAUACUUUUAACAAACUUCUACACCGCAAACCCACUUUGUUCCCCAUCGCGAGCUGCGCUCCUCACUGGGAGGCUGCCUGUAAGGAAUGGAUUCUACACCACCAAUGCUCAUGCCAGGAAUGCUUACACGCCACAGGAGAUUGUGGGAGGAAUCUCCAAGGAUGAGAUUUUGUUGCCUGAAAUGCUAAAGAAAAACGGUUAUAUCAGCAAGAUUGUUGGCAAGUGGCAUCUGGGCCACAGGCCGCAGUACCUACCUCUGGAGCAUGGUUUUGACGAAUGGUUCGGUUCCCCAAACUGCCACUUCGGCCCUUACAACAGCAGCGUCCGACCCAACAUCCCCGUCUACAACAACUCUGAGAUGAUUGGAAGAUACUUUGAGGACUUUAAGAUCGAUCUACGGACCGGAGAGUCGAACCUCACUCAGAUGUAUUUGAUGGAGGGCCUGGACUUCAUACGGCGUCAGACUGAAGCCAAGCAGCCCUUCUUCCUUUACUGGGCCGCUGAUGCCACUCACUCCCCGGUCUACGCCUCCAAAAGCUUCCUGGGGAAGAGUCAGCGAGGCCGCUACGGAGACGCCAUCAUGGAGCUGGACCACAGCGUCGGUCAGAUCUUGUCUCUGCUGCAGAAUCUGGGCAUCGAGAAGAACACGUUUGUCUUCUUCACCUCAGACAACGGAGCGGCUCUAAUGUCGGGCCCACAAGAAAGUGGCAGCAACGGGCCGUUCCUCUGUGGGAAGGAAACAACGUUUGAGGGGGGCAUGAGGGAGCCCGCCAUCGCCUGGUGGCCUGGGCACAUCAAGGGAGGCGCGGUGAGUCUGCAGCCCGCGAACGUCAUGGAUCUCUUCACCACCAGCCUGGCGCUGGCCGGGAUCAGCCCCCCAGAUGACCGAAUGCUGGACGGACUGGACCUGACGCCAGUGCUGUUGAACGGCUCCCACCAACUCGACAACAGACCCAUUUUCUUUUACCGCGGCAACGAGAUGAUGGCUGUGAGGCUCGGACAGUACAAAGCGCACUACUGGACCUGGAGCAACUCGCUGGAGGAGCUCAAAGAGGGGAUAAAUUUCUGUCCAGGUCAAGAGGUUCCAGGUGUGACAACUCAUGAUCAGAAGGAGCACACACUUCAACCACUUAUUUUCCAUCUGGGGCGGGAUCCUGGGGAGAAAUACCCACUCAGCGUUUUGUCUAAGGAGUACCAGGAGGUUCUGUGCAGCGUCUCUGCAGUUGUGCAGCAGCAUCAGAAGACUCUGGCGCCCGGUAUGCCCCAGCUCAACAUGUGUGACCUCGCUGUGAUGAACUGGUCUCCUCCUGGCUGUGAGAAGUUGGGAAAGUGUCUGAAACCACCCACGUCUGCACCCUGGAAGUGCAACUGGCCACACUGAGACGCACGGACAAGACAGAGUCGAGAAAACAAACUUGAAGAUGUGCCUUACAGCACAUUAUGAACAAAUAUUUUUACUAAAGUAUAUUUUUGAAAUCUUUGCCAAAUCAUUCAUAUUCAUUGUUGCAGAAAAUGUUAUGGGAAUAAAUCAAGAGAAAUGUGGUGCUUCUUGAACUAAACAUUAAUUGUGCUGAAAGGGAUGAUAUAUUUAUGCUGAUUGAGCCUAAAAAGGGAUAAGUUGCCCUACAUUUUUUCAGUCUUCGCAUUUUGCACUAGAAAAUAAAUCUAUUUUGGUAUGAAGAUGAUGACUUUGUGGGAAGUCAGCUUUAGACAGAAGGUGUUUUCCUUUUUCUCCUCUUAUAGCCUGAUCCUUUCUUUCUUAGAUGUUUUUUUUUUAUCAUCAGGUAAAAUCAGUAGAUAAAAGUGGGCAUCUUUGUGCCUUUUCUGAUCGAUCUAACUUUUUACAUGUCCUGAAGAGAACAGCUCAGAACUUCAGAGCUUUUAUAAUUUGUACUUCAUUUGGGAAAACAAAUGAAGUACAAGUUAAAAGCCAUAUUUUGAAUCAUUCAUUCUUGUGUUCAAAAUCAGACUUGCUUUUUUUCUCUUCUGUUUAUUCACAUUCACUUUAUUCUAUGUGUCCUUUCUGGCUGUUUGGGAUAUUGUUUCAAUUUUCUGUUUUGCGUUAUUUAAAAAUACAAAGUGUUGUCCAAC